AUGGUUGAAGAGUUCAUUUUAUUGGCCUUUGUUGAUUUGCAUCGGAUUCAGAUAAUAAUUUUUCCAUUUUUUCUGCUGACCUAUAUCACUUGUAUUAUGGGAAAUCUCGCAAUAAUUGUUGUUGUAAAACUAGAACAUUCACUGCAUAAACCAAUGUAUUUUUUCAUCGCUGUGUUUUCUAUUUUGGAAAUCAUGUUUGUUUCGGUCACAAUUCCAAAACUUUUGGCCAUUUUACUUGGCUAUAACAACACAAUAUCAUUCAUUGGAUGUUUUACUCAAAUGUAUUUCUUUGGCUCUUUGGGUGUCACCGAAUGUUAUCUACUUGUGGUGAUGGUGUUUGAUCGAUAUCUGGCAAUUAAUAAGCCUUUACAUUACUCAACCAUCAUGACUCCUACAGUUUGUAUUGGACUAGGUAUAUUUCCAUGGAUUUUAGCAUUUUGCACUGUUUCAGCACCAUCCAUCACUACAGCCAAGUUGGUAUACUGCGGUCCUAAUAUAAUUGAUCACUUUUUUUGUGACUUUGCUUCAUUACAAAGCUUGGCCUGUUCUGAUCCUUUCGUUAGCAGUAUGUCAACAAAUUUAGCGGCCAUUGUGGACAUUAUUCUACCAUUCAUCAUAAUCAUAGGAUUCUAUGUCUAUAUCAUAAUGACUGUCAGCAAGAUCAAGAGUAAAGAAGGGAAACAGAAAGCCUUCUCCACCUGCACAUCUCAUCUCAUUGUAGCCAGUCUCUACUAUGGUACAGGCAUGAUCAUAUAUGCUAAACCUAAAUUCAGCCAUUAUGAUAAAUACCUCUCUUUAAUGUACACUGCACUCACCCCAACAAUUAAUCCUUUUAUUUAUACCUUUAGGAACAGGGAAGUGAAAGAGAUCUUCAGGAAUUCAGUAAAGAGAGCCAUAAGACCAACUUUUUUAUAA